UGGUCCAGAUUCUUGGACUUUGCAAAGUCCAGCAAUCCAUCAUGGCUUUGCUUAGGAAUUUAAGUCAAAGGCAGCGGCAAUUGUUUGCCAGCCAUCGUCAGUUUGCUUGCUCAUCACAGAAGCUUUCUGGCUGUUCGAACGAUGAGGACAACAUGGGAUUUUCUCAAAUGGUGAUGAACUUCGUAGACGAUGCAUCUAAACAGGUCUGUCAGCAUCUCAUCCAGGAAGAGAAGACUCCGCGAGAGACGCCAGAACAGAAGAAGAAAAGGGUUGAGGGCAUGUUCAAAGUCAUCCUGCCCUGCAACCACUUUCUGGAGGUGAACUUUCCCGUGUGUCGUGACAAUGGAGAAGUUGAAAUGAUCCAGGGUUAUCGUGCACAGCACUCUCAGCACAGGUCACCCACCAAGGGCGGCAUGCGCUACAAUAUCCACGUGUCCGCGGAUGAAGUGAAGGCACUGGCUGCUCUCAUGACCUACAAGUGUGCAAUGGUGGACGUACCAUUUGGCGGUGCCAAGGCUGGAAUCAAGAUCGACCCAGCACAGUACUCCGCAAUGGAGCUGGAGAAGAUUACGCGCCGCUUCACGCUGGAGCUAACCAAGAAGGGGUUCCUGGGUGCCGGCAUUGACGUACCAGCACCAGACAUGGGAACUGGCGAGAGGGAAAUGGCCUGGAUGGUAGACUCAUACAAAAUGUCUUUUGGCCACGGCAGUCUUGACGCUCACGCCGUAACCACCGGUAAGCCCAUCACACAGGGUGGAAUUCACGGUCGCAUCUCCGCUACAGGCCGCGGUCUGUUCCACAGCGUCGAGCAAUUUAUUAACAACACUUGUUUCAUGGAUAUGAUCGACCUACAACCGGGAUUCAAAGACAAGACGUUCAUCAUUCAGGGCUUUGGCAACGUGGGUCUGCAUUCGGCACGCUACCUGCACCGUGCAGGAGCUAAGUGCAUUGGCGUCAUUGAGCGCGAUGGCUCUAUCUUCAAUCCAGAAGGUAUUGAUCCGAAAGCUCUGGAAGAGUACAAACUGGAGAGUGGCGGCAUCAAGGGAUUCCCUGGAGCGGACGCUGCAACCGAUGAUUUGUUAGUGGCGGAGUGCGACAUUCUAGUUCCCUGUGCCAACGAGAAGCAGAUCACAAGCCGCAACGCGCCCAACAUCAAGGCCAAAAUAAUUGCGGAGGGAGCCAACGGCCCCACCACCACUGCCGCCCAUCGCAUCCUGCUGGAGCGUAAGCGCCUGGUCAUCCCGGACCUGUACGCCAAUGCCGGCGGUGUGACGGUGUCAUACUUCGAGUGGCUCAAGAACCUCAACCAUGUUAGCUUUGGCCGCCUGACGUUCAAGUACGAGCACGACAGCAAUGUGCACCUCUUCAACAGUGUACAGACGGCACUGGAGAACAACUUCCCUGGCAAGAAGCUGCCCGUCUAUCCAACAGCCGAGUACCAGAAGCGCAUGGCUGGUGCGUCUGAAAAGGACAUUGUCCACUCCGGCCUCGCCUACACCAUGGAGCGAUCGGCGAAGCAGAUCAUUGAAGCCGCAUCCAAGUACGAUCUAGGUCUGGACUUGCGGCAAGCAGCGUACAUCUGCUCGCUGGAGAAGAUCUACCGAGUGUACCGCGACGCUGGCAUCAUGUACGCCACAUAGACCCAGUCACCACCGGGUUCCUCUUCUCUUCUCUUUUCUUCUUAGGACAUUGGUGUGUAGGACUGGCCUUUCUUCCCCGGCCCCUCUCCCACUUUUUUUAACCACAGCAUAUAAGUUUAAGCUCUCAUGGAAUGUAGACAGAAUAUUUUAUAUAUUUUUUUGCUUGACUCCUGUCGGUUCUCUAACACUUGGAUAAUCUGUUAGCCAGUCUCUAAGAUGUACUAGCACACUAGGAUCGGCAGCAUUAUUCAUACCUCCGUGAUGUAUCUGUGCACUACAAGAGGUAGUCUCAUUUUAACUGAGUAUUACUGUAUUGAAAUCAUUUGUCAUGCAUGAUGUUGUACGUCAAAAUGAUUAGAAGGUUUAAUACGCCACUAUACUCGUGCUGAACCCAGCCGUGCCAAUUUUGUUGCUGACGCCAUGCCUGUUGGUGACUACGUCAUUCGCUGCCUUCACUCAAGGCGCCAGUAUCAGGAGGAUGGUCACCUCCGGCAUGUGCCAAUGCGGGCAGGGCCGUAGCACCCAGUCCGGCCAUGUCUGGGUCUUAUUU